UUCUCACAAGUAACAAUCAAUCUUUUUCAUACAAAGGAAAACAAUCUCUAAGAUAACAAAAGCCUCUUUGUGCCUAUCAAAAUCAAAAUCUCUCUCUUUCUCUUACCUCUUCUCGCCCACUUGGUUCUCCAAAUUACUUUCCACAAAACUCUUUAUUAUAUAUCUAUAAAUAUACAAAACGUUUCCAUUUCCCUCUUAAAUCUCCAAGUCAAAUUAUUCCUUUCCUCUCGUUGAUGAUACUAAUUACUAAGAUAACGAAAUCAAAGGCAUAGAACUCGACGACAUUGUUUUUUUCAUCCCCAAGUCUCUCCUUCAUUCACCAUUGAAGCAGCCUCAAAAAAAAAAAGUUAAAAAGAAUGAAGAAAACGACGCGGCUUCUCGAUCUAACGGCGGCUAUGAUUCUUCUCCUCCUCUACGUGGCUUUUUCUCUGCCACUCGUUUCCGGCGACCCUGGCCGGCGCGUUAGUAUGACACUGGUUCGAGACGCCGCUGCUCUUGGUGCUUUUUGCUUGGAUGGGAGCUUACCGGCGUAUCAUUUAGACAGAGGGUUUGGUGCUGGAUCAAACAAUUGGCUUUUGCAGUUUGAGGGAGGAGGAUGGUGCAAUGAUAUAGCAUCGUGCGUGGAAAGAGCAAAGACCCGUCGAGGCUCCACACGUUAUAUGGGCAAGACAGUCGUCUUCUCCGGAAUCUUGAGCAACAACGCCUCUCAAAAUCCAGAUUUUUACAAUUGGAACAAAGUGAGGCUGAGGUACUGUGACGGAGCUUCAUUUGCGGGAGAUUCACAACAUGGCAACGGGACGUCACUGCUUUAUUUCAGAGGACAACGAAUAUGGAAUGCCAUAAUUCUUGACCUUCUUCCCAAAGGUUUAUCAAAAGCCCGCAAGGCUCUUCUGACCGGUUGUUCAGCUGGUGGUUUGUCUACGUUUUUGCACUGUGACAAUUUCACGAGCUAUUUGCCCAAAAACGCAAGCGUUAAGUGCAUGAGCGACGCUGGAUUCUUCCUUGACGCAAUCGAUGUAGCAGCAAACCGGACAAUGAGAUCUUUUUACAAACAGCUUGUGUCUCUACAGGGUAUACAAAAAAACCUCGAUCCAACUUGCACACACGCAUUUUAUCCUGAACCAUCUCUGUGUUUUUUCCCGCAAUACAUAUUACGAUUUAUCGAAACGCCAUUUUUCAUCUUAAAUUCAGCCUACGACGUAUUCCAGUUUCAUCAUGGAUUGGUUCCACCUUCUGCUGAUCGAACCGGGCGUUGGAACCGUUGUAAGCUUAAUGUGACAUCAUGUAAUCCACACCAGCUCGAUGCACUCCAAGGGUUUAGGAAAGAUAUGUUGGGAGCUUUGAUGAACUUCUUCAGAAAUUCUAGUAGAGGAGGAAUGUUUAUAAACUCAUGCUUCGAUCAUUGUCAAAGUGCUCUAGAGGAGACUUGGCUCUCUCCUACUUCACCGAGAAUCCACGAUAAGACAAUUGCUGAGACGGUCGGAGAUUGGUAUUUUGGGAGAGGUGAAGAAGCAAAAGAAAUUGAUUGCCCAUAUCCAUGUGAUAAAACAUGUCAUAAUCUCAUUCCAGCAGCUUCUGCAACAGAUUUUUUGGUAAAUCUUGAUAUUUGGCUUCUAAUGCUCCAGGCCAUAACUAUCGCGGUACACAGUUUACUCUUCUUCUUCUUCUUAUCAACUUUUUUGGUUCGUAGUUUAGUAUAACUUAUAAUCUUCUUUUGGAGAUGAUUUUGUUAUGUAGCAUCGAAACCAGAACAAAGAGACCAACUCUCAUUUUGUUUUGGUUAUGUUUGUAUAAUCAGAGAACCUUAAGUCAAAGGCUCAAAGCCAAGUUGAUCUAGAUGAUCUUAUAUAUUGAUUUUAGAAGUUGAAGUUAAUCCAAGAUUGCAGUGGUGAAAUAUGUCCAAAUGUGACAUAUAACUCAAUAACUACAAUACUUCAUAGCGAUAAUGGCGUAAAUAAUACGGUAAUGCAAACAGAGGGAAUCACAAACGUUUGAAGGAAAUCACUAACAAACAAUGUCUCAAAUCCAAGCACCCGAAAAGACUUAUAUAAACAUAUAUUUACCUAGUCCUUAGACC